GCCACGGCGGGGAAGAUGUACCAGAGCCUGGCGCUGGCCCCGAGCCCCGGCCAGGCCGCCUACGCCGACUCCGGGGCCUUUCUGCACGCGCCAGGCGCCGGCUCCCCGGUGUUCGUGCCGCCCGCGCGCGUCCCCUCCAUGCUGCCCUACCUGCCGGCGUGUGAGCCGGGCCCGCAGGCCCCGGGGCUGGCCGCGCACCCCGGCUGGGCGCAGGCGGCGGCCGCAGACUCACCAGCCUUCGGCUCCCGCAGCCCGCACCCACCGGCCGCUCAGCCGCCCGGAGCCACCGCCUUCCCCUUCCCGCACAGCUCCCCGGGGCCCGGAGGCAGCGUCGGCGCAACCACCCGGGACGGCGGCGCCUACCAGGGCGCGCUGCUGGCCCGCGAGCAGUACCCCGCCCCGCUCGGGCGGCCAGUGAGCGCCUCCUACCCGACUGCCUACCCGGCCUACGUGAGCACCGAGGUGGCCCCGUCCUGGACCCCUGGACCCUUUGAAGGCAGCGUCCUGCACGGCCUCCAGAGCCGCCCCGCUGGCCUCCCCGGCCGCAGAGCCUCCUUCGUGUCGGACUUCUUGGAAGAGCUCCCCGGCGAGGGUCGCGAGUGCGUCAACUGCGGGGCCCUGUCCACACCGCUGUGGCGUCGCGACGGCACCGGCCACUACUUGUGCAAUGCCUGUGGCCUCUACCACAAGAUGAAUGGCGUCAACCGGCCGCUGGUGCGCCCGCAGAAGCGCCUGUCCUCAUCUCGCCGCGCUGGCCUCUGCUGCACCAACUGCCACACGACCAGGACGACGCUGUGGCGGCGCAAUGCGGACGGGGAGCCGGUGUGCAACGCCUGCGGCCUCUACAUGAAGCUGCACGGGGUGCCGCGGCCCCUGGCGAUGAAGAAGGAAAGUAUCCAGACGCGGAAGCGGAAACCCAAGAGCGUUGUGAAGACCAAGAGCUCCUCGGGAUGCCCAGCAAACAGCACAGCCUCGCCGCCCUCCGUCCCGGACCCUGAGAGCCCAGCAGCUGCUUUGAAACCCAAACCCAGCCUGGCGUCCCCUUCAUGUCCUGGGUCCAGCGUCGCCUCCCAGGCCUCCAGCCAGGCAGACGACCCCCUGGCUCCCAGCCACUUGGAGUUCAAAUUUGAGCCCGAGGACUUUGCCUUCCCAUCCACAGCCCUGGGCCCCCAGGCUGGCCUCGGUGGGGCCCUGCGCCAGGAGGCCUGGUGUGCGCUGGCCUUGGCCUAGGUCCCCGGGCACCCAACAGACCCAUCUCACUGCCCACUGGGGUCCAGCACAGCAGAGAGAGCUCACUGGGCCCACCCA